AUGUCCAGCUUCGUUGAUCAAAGGACACAAGAAAUCUUUCAAAACGCAUCAAUAGACGCUCUCAAUACGCCACCAGCAUCCGAAGCAAACAAGUCGUUGAAGGCGACUUUGGCCGUGUUGAACAGUCCGCCAACAGACGCCCAACUCUUGCAUUCACUAGACGUUCUCGAAGAAAAUGGUUUUGGAGAUGUUGGGGCGUUGGAAAACCCGCUCGCAAUCGGUGUCUCCGAGCGCGUCAUUGCAGGCCUAUAUGCGAGGGCGAUGAAAGCUCUGCUAGAGCAAGGAUUAGAACUGGAUAAAGAGGCUAGAUUCUGGUCAGAAGUUGAGCGGUCUGGCUAUAACUCGUCCUACUACUUGCUCCAGACUCUCCCAAGUAGACUUGUCCGACUAACCGGCACAUUUAUUGACUCGCUGCGUCAUCGUCACAUUCCCAUCACCUGGUCAACCUUUCAAGCAGAAAACAUCCGGCGGUUAUUUCCAUCCACCAAUCGACCAUCUGAGCUCCUCGUCGCAGCAUUUCCUCACCUCGGCAUUCACGGCCGAUUGUUUCCUUCGUCACCCUUCUUACUUACCCGUGACGAAUGUAGGCAUAAGCGGAAACAACUCGAAAGGCUGCGCGACGAUAGGGCAUUGCGGGUAGGGCUAUUGGCUGCUGCAUCUCACGAGUUGGAACACACUCUUUCGGCCACCAAUCAUUCGACCUCGCAACUCGAGAAGCAUCUACUACUCCUUCAGUUAGCCCUUGGGACGGAUGGUCAGAUGGCCAGCUUCGACUAUACUCUUCUCCAACAGAUUGAAAAGAACAAGGAGAGACAUGAACGAGAGGUUAAUUCGCUGCGAAGACCAUCUCGUCUGGUGCGAAUAUGGCCACGGCUCUUACUCCUUCCUCCCGCCUGCUAUCUCAUUUUCCGGUACAUUUAUCAACCAAGAGAUAGCAUAAGGCAGCACCUGAAAGAGGCGGCAGAGACAAUCCGAGUAUUCUGGCAAUCGUGGGUUAUCCAACCGAUACAGGGAAUUAUUGCCACUGUGAGGACCGGAGGUGACGAGGGUAUUCGCGUCAUCUCAAAAGAUGCUCUCCGAGCGGAUAUGGACUCCCUUGAACGCAUGGCGGUCGACCUUGGCAAAGAGAAGCUCGGGUAUACCAAGGCUCAAAUUGAAUCCCUUCACGAGCAAAUUCGAGUUGGCGAUCUGACUCCCGUCCUCCAAGUGUAUGAAAACGACAUCAAGACGCCGAUACGGUCCGCUGUGGCAGGGACCCUCGUGCGUUCGCUGUUGAUUCAGGUUCAGAAAGUCAAGGUCGACGUCGACUUUGCUCUUUCUGGAAUCGACAAACUACUGCGGUCCCAGGAGCUGACCUUUGGGUUCGUCGGCCUUGCUCCAGCGCUGCUCAUUGUAUACUCGACUUUCGAUUGGCUCCGAAGUACAUGGCGAGGUGGAAGCGGAAAGGGCCGUCUUGGGGGACAAACCCAACGUCAGCGAAUAUGGAGUUGCAUGCGACGAAUCGACAAGCUUCUCAUCGUACCUCCGAAGAUGGGCCAAGACUCUGCAGCCUAUUCAUCAUUGCUAUCAUCCUACAUCGCGCUAACGCGCGAAGACUCUCAUGCCGCAAACGUCGACGUCACCCUACUCUUCGAUAGCACGUCGCGUGCGGAGCGACGAGAUGAGUCCACGGGAAGGAUAGGAGCCAUUAAUGAUCCGAGCAUCUAUAGAACGAACCGUGCGAGGGAAGAUGAAGAACUUGCACUUUCUCCGCUCACCAACGGGCUACUGCUUCUCUCGUCGACGCAGUUGCGAGCAUUCGCCGAAACGCAUCUCCGUCGAUCUAGCUUCCGUGAUGAAUUUCUGGAAGAUGUUAGGGAUCUGGAAGACGGGACAUUGAGCGUCAAAAGCAAGCGGUUGGUGCUCACGAGGAUGUAUCGGAGUUGGGGCCGACUCCUCGGAUGGGACAACUGUGGCGAGUUGUAG